UCGAUCUGUCUUCAUUCCAUUUUGACUUUCGUUUCAUUUAUUGCGUCCAGAACCACUGUCCUCUGCUGCGACCGGGCGAGCCCCUCACCCUCCCCGCUCUCUCUGUUAUGCCCCAAAGCCCCAACCUCUCCCCCUUUUCUCUCUGUAGAGCUCGGUUAUCACAGUGUUAACUCUGGCAGCGCAUUUCUUUGGAGAGAGGGAGAGUGGAGUGGCGCCCUCAGCAUCUAUAAGAAGAAUCCAUUUAACUGCUCUAUUUCACUGAAUUGGUCAAAAUAACAUCGACAAGAACAACAAUAUAGCAAUAAGGUACUCAGAAAGAGUCACGUAUUGGCUAUAUAUGGGCGCGCGCACACCUGCAACUGGAGUGAGGGGGCAAAAAGCUGAAAGAGUGGUUAGUAUCCGAAGAGAUUUGGGUAGGACCCAUAAUAAAGAUAUAGUGAUCUGCGGAAAUGUUAUAUGUCUGUUGCAAUCCUCCCGCAUCCUUUGGGAGGUCGGACGUAACGAGUUGCUUACCUCGCGGUCUCUGUGUAAGGGAUAGAAGAACGGACAGUCAGACAGGGUGAGAGUGCAAGCCAAGAGAAGUGGGCACAUUUUGACCAAGACAACAGAAUAAUAAUUGAAAAACAAACACACACGCAUACGCGCGCGCGCACACACACGCAGAGUGCAGGCAAUAUGUACAGUUAGUGUUUAUACGCGUGCAUAUGAAUGUUUAGUAUUUAUAAGACUAACCCACCACAUUUAACAAUAACGUUUAUGUAACUGAUAAACAAUACCGUUUACAUCAUACGUCAUUUAUUUUUCGACAAUUUCGGUGUAUUCCCCCAUAUUCUCGUCCUCUUCCACCCCCUCUCUUUUCUCUCCAUCUCAUUUCCAUCUCCUUCUCCGAAGUCUGACGGUCUCCAAAAAGGCAACAGAAAUAUAAACGGUGGAGGAAAAUAACAUUGACUCCUGCUAUGAAAACACCAAAUACAUGAAGACAGAUAUUUCUUUUAAAAAUCAGUAGAAAUUAAAAGGGGUCCAGUGCCUGAGUGAGUGAUAGUGUGUGGGCGCAUGUGUGUGUUUGUGUGUGCAUUUGUGAAUGUGUGUGUGCCCGCACUUAUGAGAGUGACAGAAGUAUAGGAAGAGAGCAGGAGCUGAGGAGAAAGAGGGAGAGGGGAAACAGUCAAUGGAUGCUUCUUGGACAGAGGCAGACGCACACUUAUCACCGGCGAGGAAACAGCUACACGCAGAACUGAGGGGAUGGAGCGAAAUCAACCCACUGCCAUGGUGUGGUGUGAGAAGGGGAUCCAAAUUCUCCUGGCCACCGUGGGCGCGUUCGCGUCCUUCGGCCUGAUGACGGUGGCCAUCGGGACGGACUACUGGCUGUACGCCCGCGCCUUCAUCUGCAACAGCACGGCCAACCACACCCACGACGACCCGCACAACAAGGACCGCAAGGACCCCGGCGCCCUCACCCACUCCGGCCUCUGGAGGAUCUGCUGCCUGGAAGGGUUGAAAAGAGGAGUGUGUUCACAGAUCAAUCAUUUCCCAGAAGAUGCUGACUAUGACCACGAUGGAGCGGAGUAUGUCCUGCGUGUAGUGCGGGCCUCUAGUUUCUUCCCCAUACUUAGUGCCAUACUCCUCCUAAUGGGUGGAGUGUGUAUUGCUGCUAGCCGGUUCUACAAGAGCAAGGGGAACAUUGUUCUGGGAGCGGGCAUUCUUUUUGUGGCAGCAGGCCUCAGCAACAUCAUCGGCGUGAUCGUGUACAUCUCCGCGGCGCUCGGCGACAUCUCCCCGAAGAAGGACGAGGACAAGAAGUGGCACUACUCCUACGGCUGGUCCUUCUACUUCGGCGGGCUGUCUUUCAUCCUGGCGGAGAUGGUGGGCGUGCUGGCCGUCAACAUCUACAUCGAGAAGAACAAGGAGCUGCGCUGCCGCUCGCGCACCGACCUCUUCAAGAGCACCACCAACGCCGUGCUGCGGCUGCCCAGCUACCGCUUCCGCCAGCGCUCACGCUCCAGCUCCCGCUCCACCGACCCCUCCCGCUCCCGGGACCACUCCCCCACGGGCGGCGGGGGCAAGGGCUUCGGCCUCACCCCCUCGGCCCUGCUGUCCCAGGCCACCGUGGGGCCCUACUCCGUCUCCACGCUGCCCAAUCCCCACUCUCACUCCGCACUGGGGGGGGAUAUAUCCCUGUAUACCCUUUCGCGGGAUCCCAAACUAGGAGGGUUGGGGACCAUGGGGGGGCCGCCCAUGUACGGGACAGUGGACCGGGCCACUCUUUACCAGCUGCAUAAUUGUUUCCCGAAGGAGGGUGGAGGGGUGCUGAUGACUGGCACCUUGCCCUCUCUGUCCAAAUCCAACAACCCCUCACUGGCUCAGAAUUCCUCUAAUUCCAAUGCCCUCCUCCCCAAUUCCUCAUCCACAUCCGCCCCCUCUUCACAACCCCCUUCCUCCGCAGCUGAGAGAGAGAGAGGGAUGAAUACUCUCGAUAGACUAGGGAAAGAGGAAAGCUCCAACACCAAUACUCUGAACAGAAAGACAACGCCAGUUUAGAGGUUGGGAGGAGGGAUACAGCAGAAGGGAAGACAGAAGUAGUUAACAUUAAUGAUAGAUGGAAUGGUGAGAAAGAGCAUUGGAAUAAGGGGAAGAAAAGAGAUGAGGAGGAACAGGUCAGCCCUCCUUUCUCUCUUGGGCUGUAGUGAAAAUGAGUGUUAAUCGCAAGAAUGAUAAUAACAACAACAGUUAUAUUUACAAUGUAAAUCAUUUGUACUGAUGAGACUAUAUUGGCUACAAUGGUACUGUAAUAUUUGGUCUAUCAAUAAUUUUAUCUCUGGAAAUUAUACCCACUUUUAAUUAUAUUCAUUUAUUAGUUUGAUGUGCUUUAAGGCAAUACAAUCUCUCCACGCUGAAUCGUGUUGUUGUUGUUGUUAUUGUUGUUGUUGUUAUUAUUAUUCUAAUAGUUAUUGUUUAAUAGUUAUUGAGUUUCAGUGUUUUCAGUGUUGAUUUUGAACCCAUGGAUUUUAUUACUUUUUUUUUUUACAUUUUCUGGUAAGGUAAACUGAUUUCUUGCACAGUGACACAAAAGCUAAUGAUGUCAUGAAUGAGUGAAAAGCAUGUGUGUGUAUGUUUGUGAGAUUGCUGAGAGUGCUGUUGAUACUCUUCUUCUUCUUCUUUUUCUUCUUAUUAUUAUUGUUUUAAUGGAAAUGGUCUUGUUUAGUUGAAAAUGUGUUGUUUUCUAACUUACAAAUUUGGUGAGACAAUUUUUAUCGUAACUGAGUUUUUUUUAUUUUUUAUAACAGUAGCAUUACUUUUAUUAUGAUGAAGCAUAGUAGCAGUUUUCUUAUUAAUGUCAUAGUUUGGAGUUUGUUUUGGAGUUUUAAGACAAAUAUGAAUCUCCACAAAAUAGAAAAAACACAUUUCCUCCAAGAAAGAGUGUUUGUGUGUGCUUGUGUGUGUGUGCUUGUAUGUGUGUGUGUGUGUGUGUGUGUGUGCGUGUGUGUGCAUGCGUGCCUUUUUGACUAUGAGAAGAAAAGCUCAGCGAGAGAGAGAGAGUGAGAGCAAGAGAGACAGAGAGAGAGAGAGAGAGAGAGAGAGAGAGAGAGAGAGAGAGAGAGAGAGAGAGAGAGACGGAUCCACAGGAGCAAUACUUCCAGAACUGUGAGUUUUCAGAGUUAUUUUAUGGGAUACAAUCCCAAACAAGGAACAGAUGAUUACAUUAUCUAGAUUAUAUAUAAAAGGAUUGUGUGGAACAAAGUUUUAGAAAAUGUUUGUAUUCUAAUAAUGUAUAACUAUAUAAUUGAUGAAUAUUUAUGCACCAUUGGUCAAAAGUAUGUCCUAAUAAUAAGGACUAGUUUUGUCUUUGGGGAUGUCACAAUUUUAUUGAUUAUAUUCUAUUGUUGAACUAUCAACAAUACAAAUUUUGCUUGAGAAAUGGCCUGCCCAGCUUCAGCUAAACAAGUUUGAAGAGGUAUCUCUAUUGUGGUGUGUUCUCAUUCUUCCCCUUUUCAAGACACGGAAAAGACUCAUUUUAGAAAUACUUAAUCUGAACACUAUUUCAUCUGAACACUGUUUACUACCACUAAACGUUUGACCAUUUGCUUACCUUUAUAUUCAUAUGUGCAUUCAUAAACAUUGUCUUAAACCUUG